AUGGCGCUAGUAUUAAAUAAAAACGUUUUAUUGACAUUUAAUAGCGACACUCUAAACGAAGUCAGAAAGGAAUUUAAUUUAGACGAGCAUGGAAAAAUUGAGCAAGAAAUAAACACUUUACACGAUUGGAUCCAAAGACAAGAGUAUUUCACAAAGAAGGAUUUUGCUAGAAACUACUUGGAACGCUUUAUAAUUUCCGCUAAGGGAUCAGUUGAACGAGCACAAACCAGAAUAGAUAAACUCUGCACGAUGCGCACUAUUGCAUCAAAUUUAUUUGAGAAAUGUGUUGCAAAAGAUUUGCUUGAUUUACGUUCGUUUUACUUACAAGUAAUGAUACCAGAUCUUACACAAGACAACUACAGAAUGCUUUGCUCUAAAAUGCUUUUAUCGAAAGUCACGUCAUCUAAGCUUCUGGAGGCGUAUCAGCAUUGUAUCAUGUUAACUGAAUAUUUGAAACUUCAUGAUUAUGCUCAAGGUUACUACUUAGUUUUGGAUCUCAACGACAUGAAUAUAAUGGAUAUAGUUUUUAAUUUGAAGUUGAGUGACUUCCGUAAUAUCUUCACAGUAAUAAUCGAAGGCUACGGAAUAAGAAUAAAAGGUAUAUACGUAAUAUCUCCUUCUAAAAUGAUUGAUGCACUUGUAAAAAUUGUGAAGAAGUUUGUUAGUGCUAAAAUUGCUCAAAGGAUCAAUGUUGUAAAAUCGCCAGAAUCAUUACAUGAAGUCUUCCCUAAAUGCUUGCUACCAAAAGACUUAGGUGGGGAGCAGAAAACUAUGUUGGAACUCUUCGGUAAUAUUUAUAUUAACCAUUAGUUUACGAUUCACAAAAAUAAUUAAAUACUUAAUAAUUAAUAACGUGCAUGCAUAAUAGAUACAACUUUGAUUUUCAGAUGAAAAUAUUGAAGAGCUUUCUUCAGAAAGUCAUGUAUCGCACAUGAUGGAAAUGAGACAUGCAUGCACUGAUGAAAACCUAAGGAA